UGACAACAUGAAGGCUUCAUCAUCUGUGUCUCUGCUGCUCGGUGUGAUGCUGUCUGGACUGACUGUGUCUGCAGUGUUUGUGGAUGUCAGUCCAAACCGUCAUCAGUUCCUCCGAGGGGAGAGUGUGUCUCUGAGGUGUGCAGGAGGACCGGUCUCUGCUGGAUGGAGGCUGAAGAGGGCCGAUGGUUGCAGGGGACAGACUCAGUCAUGUGAUGAAGAUCUUCAGGACUUUGGGACGUUCGCUGGUUCCUCCUGCAUCGUCUCCGAUCUCUCUCCAGCUGCAGACGACAGAAUCUACUGGUGUGAAGACAGAGCUGGGACGGAGAGCGGCCAUGUCCAAAUCCAUGUGUCUGAUCAUGUGAUCCUGGAGAUCCCCACUCUCCCAGUGAUGACAGGAGAUGAUGUCACGUUGCGCUGCAGGUCAAGAUACGAAGUCCUGUCUAUCCGGAGAGAGCGUGUGAUUGGAGAAAAGAAGAAAAUAGAUGAUCUGCCGCCAGUGUUCACCAUCAGCAGCGUCCAACCGUCUGAUGAAGGCGUCUACAGGUGCAGUGCUCAGGACUAUGACAUGGUGAUGAUGUCCAGAGAGAGCAGGCUGACUGUCAGAGGUCAGGACAACUCAAACAUCGUCAUGAAAACGGUUUAA